AUGGACAGUAUGAGACAGCAACCUGUUGCGCAGACCAAAGACGAACGCCAGCGCAAACCAGCCGAUGAUCUCAUAACGAUAUUCGACACAGUUGCUCAACGACAGCCUAAUGACACCGCCCUGGUGUCUCUUCAUCAGAAAGACCACUUAGGCAUUGGUGCCGUGUGCUGGACUUAUUCGCAACUCCGUGAUGGGAGUGUCCGCCUGGCUCAUCGGUUGGCAGCCGUUGGUUUUAUAAAAGGGAGGCGCAUCGCUACAUUCUUAUACAACGAGAUUGAAUGGGCCGUCCUGUUCCUUGCCUGUGCCCGUCUGGGAUGCCACUUUGUUCCUUUGGAUCCUCGCACGCUUAACACUCCAUCUGAGGCAAUAUAUCUUCUGCGAAAGGUCUGGGCAGAGGGCAUUUUUGUAUCUAAUCUUGCCAUGGCCAAAUUAGUGGAGAAGAUCCUCGAUACAGAAUUAAUGUCCCAGGUGCGAUUAAAAGUCAUCGUUGCGCCAGUCUCGCUGGUACAAAAGGCCGGUGGUAUGUCAAGCGGUUGGAAGAGUCUAUCAGCGAUCAUGGCCGAUCCUGAUCCGUCCGGGAUUGUGCUGAACCAAUUGAAGCACGAUGAUACAAUCCUCAUGCUGGCGACUAGCGGGACCACAUCAUACCCGAAGAUGUGUCCUCAUACAUCCAUCACUAUCGUCACUCCAGCACUCGGAUUGGUAGACCAUUGGUCGCUCACGCGGGAGGAUAGUAUCUGCCAGCAUCUACCGUCUUUCCAUAUUUUUAACAUUGCAAUGAAUCUCGCCUUCUGGGUUGCUGGAGGAACAGUUGUGAUCCCAAGCCCUGAAUUCAACACGGCGGCAACCUUUGCAGGUCUUGCUUUUCGGUCGCGGAUCUGGAUCGCCGCAGUAACAACGAUGAUCCACGCCAUGCACACAUACUCGACCACAGUUGAGGAGGACCUUGCAUCGCCAUAUGGGAUUUGUCUCGGAGGAGGUCCGAUUACCCCAGAGGCUUUGCGUGAGUGUAGAGCACUGGGUGCAAAGAAGGUUGUCGCGGGUUAUGGAACCACCGAAGGCGUUGCGACUUUAUAUAACGUGAUGGAUGUGAGUGAUCCACAGAUUAUUAAUGUGCAAGACAGUGAUGAGAUAUGUCUGGGGACUGCCGUGGCAGGAUCGCACCUAAAAAUCUGCGCGCCGGGCAGCCGGUCACCCUUGCAGCGAAACGAAAUCGGCGAGCUACAUCAAGGAGGAUAUCCCGUCUUUGACGGAUACCACCAGGGUAGCGAGGAGGACAAUGCGACUUGUUACAGGGAGGAUACCAUACCUUGGUUUGCGACCGGGGAUCGUGGGUAUAUGGAUGACGACAGUAACAUUUAUCUGCUUGGGAGAUUCAAGGAUUUGAUUAUUCGUGCUGGAGAGAAUAUCUCCCCGCUGAAGAUUGAGCAAUGUCUGUGCGGCCAACCUGGAGUUGCGACAGCAGUAGUGGUGGGAGCACCCGAUGAUAUCGUGGGCGAAGUUCCUGUGGCCGUCAUCGAGGCAUACCAUGAGCAAGACCGGACUUUCUUCCAGGGUCUUCAGGCUGUGGUAGUGCAAGCGAUGGGACGAUCAUUUGCACCCAAGUUGGUGCUCCAUCUCCAAGAUGAUUUGGGUUGCGAGAAGUAUCCCACCACGACCUCUGGCAAGAUCAAGAAGAAUGUUGUGAAAGAGUGGGUGACGGCCUAUCUCGGAGGAUCAACGACGCAGGCCUUAUCCCCCAUAGAGGCAACAAGUAUCUCGACAGCAAAGGUUGAUAAAGACAUCACCGAGAGACUCACUGCUUGCUGGUCUUCCGUCUCCGGUUUGGAUCCCCAGGACAUCAAACCGGACAUGCCCAUUCGCACUUUCACUGAUAGCACAAUGUUGAUCCAGUUCCUUCAAUUGUCCAAGAAAAUGGAAUGGAAAUUCACACCGAAGGAAUUAUUGACUGCCAACACUAUUUCAAAACAAGCUCAACUGCUCUCCAGAAGGCAAUCUUCACGGCCAACCCUACCAGUGGCGCUGGAUGGCUUAAAUAAGACGAUGGCCGCUAAUAUAAAGCCGGUGGCCACCCAGUUGGGAUUGGACGCGGACGAUAUCGAGGAAUUUGUCCCGAUGACUGACCUCUUCCAGAUGAUUGCAGUCGACCGACCAUUCCCCGGUGUCUGGGACCUGCGUAUUGAUUUCUUAGUCAGACGCGACCUCAGUCCAGAUAAUGUCGCGUCCAUUCUAGAGACAUGGCUACGACGACACGAGCUGCUGCGCAGCGUGGUUGUUGCAGUCGAAAACGAGCGUCCCGUUUACGCAGUGAUGCAGCCCAAUGAAUCUUGGCUCAAACAGCAAAUCAUUUUCGGCCCGGAGGUUGAUGACCUUCAAGAAGUGACCAAAUAUCAGAUGGAUGACUUUGUGGAUUCAAGCCACGGGCCCCUUUGCAAGAUGACCAUUCUACCCCUCCGCCACACAGCGCGCUGUGGGAUGAUCAUUCAUAUCCAUCAUGUUCUCUUCGAUGGAAUGGUGAUGGGACGUUGGAUCCGCGAUCUCAACCAUCUCUUUGACGGAAAACCUCAGCUGAACUGGUAUCCUUACUGUGAAUUCAUGGCCAGAUAUGAAGCUUACCGAGGUACAAUCGACGCAGUGGCGUCUAUUGAGUAUUUUGUCAACAAAUUCAGUGGUAUUUCCGCCGCAAAGGAUGCCAUAUGGGAUGUCCACCGCAUUUUUCGAAGCCUCGACAAGGAUUACACACCCACAGACAAGCCCGGCGCCAAUAUCACGCCUGCGAGAGCGAACCCCGCGACUCUACCAAAUCGAUUCAUCCGCCUUCCAGAGCUCGCACAGAUGCGAUCACAGUUCGGAAUAUCUGCCCCCAUCAUUGCCCUCGCUGCAUGUGCAUUGAUCAAUUUCCGGUACACGGGAGCCCGCGAAGCGAUUUUCACAAACCUCCAGUCAGGCCGAUCAUGGCCGUCUGAUGAUGGGUCCGUCGACAUCGAUAUACUCGAAAUCGCCGGGCCAACUCUACAGAACCUUCCUGUGCGAAUCGCAGUUUCAUCGGAAGAUACCGCCCUUGAUCUGCUGAGUGCGGUGAGACGGGAGCAGGAUGAGAUGAUGCUCCACGAGCAUGUUCCAAUCAAGCGGGUUCAUGAACUAGUAUCGCUAGGGCCAAAUGGAACUGAAGAUUCUGCCAUUCUCUGGAAACUCCUGACUAACAAUCUCUUCAACUGGCUGCUAGAGACAUAUAGACCAGGAUCUGAUGAUGCGCUCGAGCUGCUUUGCAAUACCUCUCUCUCACGAUCAGACUGGGUGUGGCUCCCCAGUCUCUCAGAUGGCGAUGUGAUGCACUGCGGCAUCCACCACGCAGAUGCUGACUUGCCUGUAGAUAAAGCAAACCUCAUUGUAGAGGAGUUCUUGUGUGCAACGGCGUGGUUGGCCGAGCCUGCUAACGCGCAGAACCCCAUUUCAGCGUGUCGGUUUGAGGGAUAUACGGUCGGAACCGUGAAUUCAAUGCAUGAUACACGCAAAAAUCUCUGA